CGGAAGUGGCGUUGAUCUGGCCGGAGCCCUUGGGUGAAAUUGUUAGGCGUGGAGAGGGAGUGAUGUCUUCCAGACUCGGUGCAGUCCCCGCCACCCCCGGACCCACAUCCCUUAAGCAGCCGAGGAGCGCCAGGAUCGUGGGAGCUAAGAACAGGAACCAGUGCGCCAUAAAGGAUAAUAGUUUCCAGUACACCAUCCCUCAUGAUGACUCCUUCAGUGGUUCAUCAUCUGCCUCUUCAUGUGAACCAGUGAGUGACUUUCCAGCAUCCUUCCGAAAAUCCACCUACUGGAUGAAGAUGAGAAGGAUCAAGCCAGCUGCCACUUCUCCAGUUGAAGGUGGAGUGUCAACCAAAGGAAAAAGGAAACCCAGGCAGGAAGAAGAUGAAGACUAUCGAGAAUUUCCUCAGAAGAAGCAUAAACUUUAUGGGAGGAAGCAACGGCCUAAAACGCAACCUAAUCCCAAAUCCCAGACUCGCCGCAUUCGGAAGGAUCCUCCAGUGUAUGCAGCUGGUAGUUUGGAGGAGCAAUGGUAUUUAGAAAUCGUGGAUAAAGGGAGUGUUUCCUGUCCUACCUGCCAGGCAGUGGGGAGGAAGACCAUAGAGGGUUUAAAGAAACACAUGGAAAACUGCAAACAGGAAAUGUUUACCUGCCAUCAUUGUGGGAAACAGCUUCGCUCACUGGCAGGAAUGAAGUACCAUGUCAUGGCGAACCAUAAUAGUUUGCCCAUUUUGAAGGCCGGAGAUGAAGUAGAUGAGCCAAGUGAGAGGGAACGGCUCCGAACAGUUCUAAAGAGAUUGGGAAAGCUCAGGUGCAUGCGUGAGAGUUGCUCCAGUACCUUCACCAGCAUUAUGGGAUAUAUGUAUCAUGUUAGAAAAUGUGGCAAAGGGGCUGCAGAGCUGGAGAAGUUGACCCUGAAAUGUCACCACUGUGGAAAACCAUAUAGAUCAAAGGCUGGACUUGCAUAUCACCUGAGGUCAGAGCAUGCACCUAUCUCCUUCUUUCCAGAGUCAGGACAGCCAGAGUGCUUAAAGGAGGUGAGCCUAGAGCCAAAGAGUGGAGGCCGAGUUCAGAGGCGUUCUGCCAAGAUAGCUGUAUACCACCUGCAGGAGCUGGCCUCUGCUGAACUGACCAAGGAGUGGCCUAAGAGGAAGGUGCUUCAGGACCUGGUACCUGAUGAUCGGAAGUUAAAAUAUACUCGCCCUGGGCUACCUACCUUCAGCCAAGAAGUACUGCACAAAUGGAAGAUGGAUAUUAAGAAGUAUCAUCGCAUUCAGUGUCCCAACCAGGGGUGUGAGGCUGUCUACAGUAGUGUAUCUGGCCUUAAAGCUCACCUGGGCUCUUGUACAUUGGGAAACUUUGUGGCUGGAAAAUACAAGUGUCUUCUGUGUCAGAAAGAGUUUGUGUCAGAGAGUGGUGUCAAAUAUCACAUCAAUUCUGUUCAUGCUGAGGAUUGGUUCGUUGUAAACCCAACAACAACCAAAAGCUUUGAAAAGCUGAUGAAGAUAAAGCAACGGCAGCAAGAAGAAGAAAAGCGGAGGCAGCAGCACAGGAGCAGAAGGUCUCUGAGAAGGCGGCAGCAGCCUGGCACAGAGCUUCCUGAGACCCAGCCCAGUCCUAGAGUAGGGAAAGAUCAGAGGAGGAAUGGGGAGGAACUGGUUGUGUCGACCUCCUGUAAAGAAUCAGAGCAGGAGCCAGUGCCAACCCAGCCCCAGAAAGUAAAGCCCCCAAAGACCACUCAUAAACGAGGAAGAAAAUAGGCAGGCAGUAAAAGCACACCUAGGAGAAGGGGGUGUGAUGCUGUUGUCACUGGGACCUGUGCGGGGAGGCCUGAGUCAUGGGGCUGAGUGAAGAUGCUCUCAGCUGUUGGUGGAAGGCUGUGACUUUCUUAGCUCCUUCAUGUGUAAAUUUCACGGUCUUCCCUACUUCUCACUUUCAUCCCCUCCCCUCCUUUUUUAGUAGCUUUCCUACUAUUUCUCCUUGGAGUUCUCUUGCUUUUCUCUUCUUUUUCCCAAAGAGCUCCACCUUAAGGCCAACUGUAGGUUCCUAGUCCCCUGUUCAAGAAUAAGAAACCAGUUUGGUGGUUCUUUCCUUUUUGAGAUAUAAAUGUCCUUGGAAUUGCCAUUGAUUUAGUACCCACUUCAUCAUUAGCUUAUGAAACAAAUCCAAGCUCAGUUUUUAAAGAAUAACAGGCUUAUCAGUUUUUGUGAUAAAAGAAGCAUAGAAGCUAGAACUGUUGUCACUCAUAAAAGCAUGACCCUGAAUCCUUGGGAAGCGAAAUUUAUGCAGGCUCUUUGUUUUAGGAUUGAGAGGAAGAAAAGGAUUUAGGAUGAAAAGGCUACAGUCUCCCUAUAUUUGGUAUACUAAGAAAUGCUCAGUUUGGACCAAGUAGCAAUGGAUAACUAGACUCACAGACAUGAAAAGCAGCCUUAGGAUUAAUGUGUCACAUUAAAGUGAGUAUGAAGGAAAAGGCAGAAAAAGCAAUAAAUACUGCCCCAACUUUCCCAAGCCCUGAGGCCUCAUCUGUUGCUAGAAUCAGUGUCCUGAAGCUUGCUUUUGCUCCCUUUGCCCCUAAUGUGGUGACACAGUACCAUAGCAUUCUUAGUAGUGCCGCUGAGAUUGGAAACCAAGGUGUGCAUUCCUUGUCCCCUGGACCUUACCUCACUUGCUAGUCCACACCCCAAUAAGUCCUCAUUCAUGCCAUUAGCCCACCAGGUCUCUUUUGAUGUUUUGAGAAUAUUGUCCUACUAUCCUGUUUUAUAUAUGGAGUUCUAUCGACUUUAUAUUGUGAGACUUUGACACCAGUUGUAGUUACUUCUCUGGAGCUGGAAAAGAAAAAACCUUUCUGUACCUCAUGCCUACCUGGUAAUGUUCAAUGGCCUCUUUCCCUUUGAGGGUAGCUUUCUCUGGAGCAUUUGUUAGAGCAGCAUUGUUGUCGUGUUUUUGGAUUCUCUUUCCCCUUUUGUGUAAAUAUUGUUCUUCUAUAUUCUUAGCUAUUGUGUGGCAUAUGCCACUUUAAAAAACUAACCUUGAUAUGGACAAAUACUACCUUUUCAAAUUCUGAAAGGCUAUUGCCACACUUGAACUCUCUGUUGUCUAUGCUCCUCUAAAUAGCUUUAUUGUGUGCUUUUGUGAAGACCACUUUCAAAUAAGGUGCAUUGAAACCUAAAUUGGGUACUGCCAGAAUGGGCCGUUUUGAAACAAGUGAAGAAAAUGGUAUAUCCACACUACAUUUUCAUUCCCACUUGUGUCCUUAAAACCGUUGCAGGAGAUGAGGGCUGUCAGGGAGGAGAAAUCAAGAAGCUGUGUUAAUUUCUGGUCAAAAGACUUGGAGAAUGUUUGGCCGUGACAAAAGAAAUAAAUGACUCUCACUUAGAAUGAUAUUUCCAGUUCUCUUUUUUAAGCAAUACUGGGGUUUGAACUCAGGGUCUUGCACUUGCUAGGCAAGUGCUCUACCACU